GUACCAGCAGUGCAGAAGUAAAGGAAAAUCGAAACAUUGGCAACCUGGAGGAUCAUCCAAUAUCUUCUAGUGAGAAAGCAAGAGGAGGAACAUCAAGCAGUAAGAGAAAAAGACCCUUAGAGGAAGGCAACAGUGGCCAUUUCUGUAAACUCCAGCUCAUCUGGAAGAAAGUCUCAUGGUCAGUGACACCAAAGAAUGCUCUGGUUCAGCUACAUGAACUUAAACCAGGUUUACAAUACAAAAUGGUUUCCCAGACAGGUCCAGUGCACGCUCCAGUCUUUGCUGUUGCAGUAGAAGUAAAUGGACUUACAUUUGAAGGAACAGGACCCACAAAAAAGAAAGCCAAAAUGCGUGCAGCUGAGCUAGCUCUGAAGUCUUUUGUUCAGUUCCCAAAUGCAUGCCAAGCUCACUUUGCCAUGGGCAACUGUAUUAAUCCAUCCACAGACUUCACUUCUGAUCAGGCAGAUUUUCCAGACACUCUGUUCAAGGAGUUUGAACCAUCUACACACAGCGAGGACUUCUCAGUCUACAAGCCAGUUAAUAAUGAGUUGCUUUCCACUGCUUAUCGACACGGGAGGCUACUCUGCCACACUUUGGACUUAAUGGGCCACAGUAAGCAAAACAAGCACAAGAUGGUAUCCAAAGCAGAAAGCGAGAAGAACCCAGUGGUGCUGCUAAAUGAGCUGCGGUCAGGGUUGCGAUAUGUCUGCCUGUCAGAGACCGUGGAGAAGCAGCACAUCAAGAGCUUUGUGAUGGCAGUGCGUGUGGACGGGAGAACAUUUGAAGGCUCAGGACGUAGCAAGAAGCUGGCGAAAGGCCAAGCAGCGCAAGCUGCUCUGCAGGCCCUCUUUAACAUUCGUCUGCCCAGCCACAUUCCCAGCAGGAGUAAAUGUAACCAUUUGCCACAGGAUUUUGCCGACUCCAUAUACCAAAUGGUUGUGCAGAAGUUCCAGGAGUUGACAGACAAUUUUACUUCCACGCAUGCACGCCACAAAACUCUUGCAGGAAUUGUGAUGACCAAAGGUUUGGACAUCAGGCAAGCUCAGGUUAUUGCACUGUCAUCGGGUACCAAAUGUAUAAAUGGAGAAUACAUUAAUGACCAAGGGCUUGUGGUCAACGACUGCCAUGCAGAAAUUGUGGCAAGAAGGGCAUUUGUUCACUUCCUUUACUCACAGCUGGAGCUCCACUUAAGCAAACGGCGAGAAGACUGGGAGCGAUCAAUCUUCGUGCGAUUAAAAGAGGGAGGCUACAGGCUGCGCGAGAACAUCCUGUUCCAUCUGUAUGUGAGCACAUCACCCUGCGGAGACGCACGCCUCAACUCCCCCUACGAGAUCACAAACGACUUGAACAGCAGCAAGCACAUAGUAAGAAAAUACCGUGGGCAUCUUCGAACAAAGAUUGAGUCUGGAGAAGGAACCAUUCCCGUGCGGUGCCACAACGCGGUCCAGACGUGGGAUGGCGUCUUGCUGGGAGAGCAGCUCAUCACCAUGUCCUGCACAGACAAACUUGCCAGAUGGAAUAUCCUUGGGCUUCAAGGUGCUCUCCUCAGCUCCUUCAUAGAGCCCAUGUACUUGCACAGCAUCAUUGUGGGAAGCCUCUGUCACACUGGUCACCUUUCCAGGGUAAUGAGCCAUAGGAUAGAAGACAUUGGUCAGCUGCCAGCUUCAUAUCGGCGUAAUCAGCUGCUUCUCAGUGGGGUCAGUCAUGCCGAGGCUCGACAGCCCGGAAAGUCUCCUGGCUUCAGCGUGAACUGGAUUGCAGGGACUGCCGACCUGGAGGUGAUCAAUGCCACGACGGGGACGCGGAGCUGCGGGAGCCCCUCGCGGCUCUGCAAGCACAUGCUGUUCUCUCGCUGGGCCAAGCUCUAUGGGAAGCUGAGCACACGAGCACCAAGCCAUGGAGACAUGCCAUCAGUGUACAGCGAGGCAAAGCUGGUGGCUCAGACGUACCAGUCUGUCAAGCAGCAGCUGUUUAAAGCAUUUCAGAAAGCAGGUCUGGGCACCUGGGUGAAGAAACCCCCAGAGCAAGAUCAGUUCCUACUAACUGCAUAAAUCACUUGACACCUUUGCUACAUGACCGGAUCAGAUCGACUGGCAAGAAGGCUAGGCAGCACGCGUGAGCUGCAGGAACUGA